CGGCGGCGGAGGCUGGACGCGGUGGCCCAGAGCCCUCUCGCGGCCGCGGCGGCAGCAGCGCCAACCCCAGCAGCAGCCUGGCCGCCGCCGCCGCCGCUGCCGCCGCCUCGCGCUCUAGCCGCCCGGCCCGACAUGAGUGAAGCGGAACGGGUGCCCUCGCCCGCCGCGCCGCCGGCGGUGGCGGCGACUGCGCCGGAGGAGAAGAAAGGGAAGGAACCGGAGCGUGAGAAGCUGCCGCCCAUCGUGUCGGCGGGAGCCAGUGCCCCUGCGGGUUUGGACAGAGGAUUCAAAGGCCAGAUUUCUACUUUCAGCAGUGUUAUUUCAACUGUUAACCAAAAGAAAGAAGCCGCUGAAAACAGAAGUUCACCUACACAUCUUGUUUUCCCUAACAUCAAGAAUGUGAGAGAUCCACCACCAAUUUCCCUUGAUGUUAGACAGAAACAGCGCAUCUCCACAGAUCCAUUAUCAUCUGAAAUGAAAGCCCCAGUUCUGCCAGAACCCAUCCUUCCAGUUCAGCCCAAAACUAUGAAAGACUUUCUGGAAGAUGUAGAAAAAGCUAAGUCAUCAGGAGAUUGGAAAACAGUAUAUGAUUUUUAUCUUACAACAUUUGAUUCUUUUCCAGAACUAAGUGCUGCAUUUAAGAAAGAUGCCUCUGCCUCUAAUACUAUUGAAGACUCUGGGAUUAAUGCUAAAUUUGUGAAUGCUGUAUAUGACGCCUUACUUAAUACUCCUCAAGACAUUCAGAAGACAGUAUUAAAGGGAAUCAUUAACAGCCUGUUACAAGAAUGGAAAGGUCCACGAACAAAAGAUGAUCUUAGAGCAUAUUUUAUACUUUUACAGAAUCCUCAAUUUAAUAACACAUCUACGUAUGUCAUCUAUGCUCACUUGCUACGACAGACAGCCAGCUUAGUGGAAGCUGACCAUCAUUUCCUAGCUCACUGGUUUAAAAAAUUAUCCCAGAAGAGGUUCAAACCAUUGGUAGAGAGAUUGCUGCAGUUUAUUUCUUUACGCCUGUUUCCUGCAAAACCUGAAGAAUUUCCACCUAUAUCAAAGUGUUCGUGGUGGAUCCCAUCAGCAUCUAAAGUAUUGGCUUUACUUAAUACUGCAAACAGUUUGGUUCACCCUCCCCUUAUUCCUUACACUGAUUUCUAUAAUUCUACAUUGGAUCACAUUGACCUCAUGGAAGAAUACCACACCUGGCAGAGCUUUGGAAACUCUCACAGGUUUUCCUUCUGUCAGUACCCAUUCGUUAUUUCUAUAGCUGCAAAAAAAACCAUUAUUCAAAGAGACUCAGAACAACAGAUGAUAAGCAUCGCAAGGCAAAGUCUGGUGGAUAAAGUAUCUCGAAGACAGAGACCUGAUAUGAAUAUGUUGUUUCUAAAUAUGAAAGUAAGGCGGACACAUCUGGUUAGCGAUUCUCUUGAUGAGUUAACUCGGAAAAGAGCAGACCUGAAAAAGAAGUUGAAAGUUACAUUUGUAGGGGAGGCUGGUUUGGAUAUGGGUGGCUUGACUAAAGAAUGGUUCCUCCUCCUAAUUCGCCAAAUUUUUCAUCCAGAUUAUGGCAUGUUUACAUAUCAUAAGGAUUCAUACUGCCAUUGGUUUAGCAGCUUUAAAUGUGAUAACUAUUCUGAAUUCCGAUUGGUUGGAAUUCUUAUGGGACUAGCUGUUUAUAACAGCAUUACUUUGGAUAUUCGUUUCCCCCCCUGCUGCUAUAAGAAAUUAUUGAGCCCUCCCAUCGUUCCUAGUGAUCAAAAUACGCCAGUAGGCAUCUGCAGUGUUACCACUGACGACUUGUGUCAAAUUAUGCCUGAGUUGGCCCACGGAUUAAGUGAACUCCUGUCAUAUGAAGGCAAUGUUGAAGAAGAUUUCUAUUCCACAUUUCAGGUGUUUCAAGAAGAAUUUGGAAUAAUUAAGUCCUAUAAUUUAAAGCCAGGUGGUGAUAAAAUUCCAGUUACCAAUCAAAAUAGGAAAGAAUAUGUACAGCUUUAUAUUGACUUUCUUCUCAACAAAUCCAUCUAUAAGCAGUUUGCUGCAUUUUAUUAUGGAUUUCAUAGUGUGUGUGCUUCAAAUGCCCUAAUGCUGCUUCGUCCAGAAGAGGUUGAAAUUCUGGUCUGUGGAAGUCCUGAGCUGGAUAUGCACGCCCUGCAGAGAAGUACACAGUAUGAUGGUUAUGCAAAAACUGACUUGACUAUCCGAUACUUUUGGGAUGUUGUGCUUGGAUUUCCUCUUGAUCUUCAAAAGAAGUUGUUACAUUUUACUACAGGAAGUGACAGAGUUCCUGUAGGAGGAAUGGCUGAUUUAAACUUUAAAAUCUCAAAGAAUGAAACGUCUACUAACUGGUUGCCUGUGGCCCACACCUGCUUCAAUCAACUUUGCCUUCCCCCCUACAAGAGCAAAAAGGACCUGAAACAGAAAUUGAUCAUUGGAAUUUCAAAUUCAGAAGGUUUCGGACUUGAGUAACCAAGAAGACUUGAAAUACAUUUAUAUGUAGCAUUCACUUCCCUCUUAUUGUGCCUUUAACCUUUUCAUGUUUUCUGUCUCAAAAUACCUUGAAAAAGCUCACCAACUUUAAAAGACUGACUUAAAAAAAAAAAAUCAAAUAUGAAGUGUGUUCAGUAGAGGCAUGGUUUUCUAAAAACACCACACAGUUUGAGUGAGAAAAAGACCAGAUGGCAGAGACAGGUGGGUCCGGUCCCUCUUUUUAUAGCACUUUAUCAUCCUCCAUAAGUAGUGCAUCACAGGUGUCCCGCUGGGGAAGCAUCGUGCAGUCAAGAAUGCAGCGAUGACAGCGUGGGUGGAGCCCAGUGGCAGAGCGUGUGCUGCUCGCACACAGUAGCAACAUGGACAGCUACAUUAUCAUUAAUGUGGGGCAUGUAGCCAUAUUUUCAUAUAGCGGUUAAACAACAGUAUAAUUGCAAAUGCAAUUUACAGGGGUUUUUUUUGAUAUACUGGCUUUGGUCCUCUAAAGAUUCUUUUCAACCGUUCCUGAAAAUCAGCAUGUAAAUAACUACAUAAUAGCCUGAGAAUAAUGGGAUUUUGAUAGUGCCAUUUAUUGCUAAAGAUUUAUUUUUACAAAGUAAAUUCAGGGUUUUAGAUGUGUGUACAGCUUUUACAAAUCAAUAAAGAUGAUUGUACAAGAGUGUAACUAUUUUCAGACUAAUUGGACUCAAGGUUAUAUUCUUUUAAGUAUCGUCAGUCUGCAUGCACAUGCGCAGUAAACUGGUUACUUUGAGUACUCUGUAAUGUUUGUAGAAUCCUUUCUUCUUAGGGGUCAGAAUAUUAGAAAGGAAAUAGAUCUGACUAGUCACCGAUAAAUUAAGUCAAUUACAAGCACAAAAAGAGAGAACUGAUUUAUAUAUACUUUGAUUGACAUACAAGACUUAUUUAUAGUAUUUUUUGAUCACCUGUUGUACUGAAACACUAAUUUUUGAAAACAAGUAGGAUAAGAUAUUUGACAAAAGUGAAUACGAUAACAUUUGUGUCAAAAUGACAUGAAGCGAAGCGAAAGUCACUCAGUGACAUAGCUUGAUGGAAAGAUAAGGUUCAACAUUUUGGCCCAAAUGUUUGUUUUUCACUGGAUUCUGAAUAUAGCAAAUUCAAAAGUACCCUUUUUGGAGUUUCUUAAUAAAGCAGCAUGUAAAAAGAAACUGCAUUUUAAGUCAGACAGUAAAUGGUUUUAAUUUACAGCAAAUGAAGCAGUUUUAUUAGCACAUUACAGUAUUUCCAAAUCGACUUCUGUAUUAUACUUUGAUAGCUUUCCUUCAGAAAACUCUGAGGGUGUAUUUGCAAUAAUAAUGAAGCCAGCAUUUAGUACCAGCACAUGGUUCUCAUGCAAAUAAUACUUUCCCGAUUUCCAAGUUACACUACUAUCUUAUUGCUAGGAUUCCUACACCCCUACCAGCAGAAUUCUUCUAGGGUGGAGGAACUAAUCAGCUUGUUCUGCAUUUCCAAAGCCAACUUUUGAAUCCUGGAGGAAAGGAGUUAGUUCAUUUACUAUUCUGUUUGGGACAGAAGUGAUUCCACUUUUCCACUUGGACAUACUAUUUAAAGGAUUUUUCUUCUUAAAAUUCUUGGAACACCUAAGAGAUUUAAGGGCAUGUUGGUUUUGUUUUGUUUGCUCUGUUUGUAAUCCAUGUGCAAAUAAAACUGCUUCUCUCUUACACUGCUUGAACUAGAAAGUAAGGUCUUUAGUGUAGGUUACUGCUAACUAAUAAGCACAAAAGAAUCAUGUAUAAGAAACCAGAUUUAAGUGUUCUAAAUAAAAUGUAAACAAAACUUCUACUUGGUAGAGAUGGGAAAAUUGUGUUGGCUUGGUCUGCAUGUCUAUGAUGUGCUUGUAUAUCAAUAGCUAAUGUCAUUUUUAAAUAAGAAGUAUACAAGCAAGCCAGAUUUUUAAAUGACAGAGUCCAUAAACAACUGGAAAAUGUUUGUUGUCUGUUGUUGAAAUUUAUAAUCAUUUAUCACUAAAUUGCACAUUGCCUUUAUUUAUUUAUGCUCUGGUUUUGGUUUACAGUGUAAUUAAUACCUCAUUUUUUAAAAGAACCACUACUGUUAUAUUUCGUUAAUUUAAACAGCUAGAAAAUUCAUGCAGUUGCUUUCUUUUUAUAUAAUCUGUUCAUGAACUCUUGAUUUUUGUAUCUGCCACAGUAAAUUAAAGCAUUGCACAGUAUUUAUCAGUAUUUACAAAAUGUUCUGUCCUUUUUUAAUCUUUGUUUAGUUAAUCAUAUUUUUGUCUGUACGAUCAGAAGUUUUUAAAUGCCCCUCUUUUUUGUACAAAUGUGUAUUGUAUUAUAUUGUUAAUUUCUGGAUAAAUUUUUUCAAAUAUUAAAGUUAUAUAAUCAACUAGA